AUGAAUAUCAUUUUGUGUUUAAUUCUACAUUUGAAUUCAAUUUUAUGGGGUUUCAUUUAUUGUACCAAAUUUACUAAGUGGAAACAUAAAAUUACUAUUCUCGAACAUAUUAAUGCUAAUAAAGGAAUUGGUCAACCUACUACUACUACUACUACUACUACUACUACUACUACUACUACUACUACUACUACUACUACUACUACUACUACUACUACUACUACUACUACUACUACUACUACUACUACUACUACUACUACUACUACUACUACUACUACUACUACUACUACUACUACUACUACUACUACUACUACUACUACUACUACUACUACUACUACUACUACUACUACUACUACUACUACUACUACUACUACUACUACUACUACUACUACUACUACUACUACUACUACUACUACUACUACUACUACUACUACUACUACUACUACUACUACUACUACUACUACUAAAAUCUAUAUUCCAGAAAUAAAUAAAGUCUGA